AUGCUCGCCACUCGCGCCCUCCGCCAGGCGGCCCACGCCACCGCUCGCACUCCCUUGAUUCAGUUCAUCGGAAAGCGCUCCAUUCCCUCCGAGGUUGACCACACCCCCAAGCCUCACCCAGAGGCUCCUGCCAACGCCCUCCCCGGCUCUUUCGGCACUGUCCCCAGCGGCAACUCGCACAACAGCUUCAGCUCCUACCGCGACAGCGCCCAGCAGCACGGUCCUCUCCGCAAGACUCUUGGCCUCGCUUCAGGUGCCGCCCUCGGCCCCGUGACUCCUCCUCAGGGUCAGUACUUCGAUCGCAACGAGCUUCCUCAGCGCUUCCGCCGCACUCCCCUUGACCUCGCCGAGAUCGAGGCCAUCGAGACUGGUGGUGCUACCCUCUUCGGUUGA